AGAAGGUAGACCAUAGAUAAAUAAAAAAAAUAAGGUUAGUUAAGAAAAAAUAUUCAUCAUUAUAAAUAAGUAUAGAAAAACAAUAAACCAUAGGUUUCCUAUCCUAUGUUUGGUCGGAACAUUCUGAAUGUUUUUACAACAUAAUUUAUAUUAUUUAUUUUCUAUGCUUCUGCGAUAUCUGUUCUUUGUAAGAAGACAGAUGUCUAUUGUCUACGAUUCUGUGAUUUUGAUAAGUUUCAAAGCAAGUUUUUCAAACAAUGGUGAACAAAAAUAAUUUGUUGUUUAUUGUGGAGUAACGUAUUUAUUUGUCUUAAUUAGUGUGAAUAUUUACUUGUGAAAUCUGUUUACUUUGGAACAUUAAAAAUGAACCAAGAAUGCAAAGAUGUUAUCAUUGACAAUUUUGUGCAGUUGAUGAAAAAUUGUGAUGUUCAAGUUCUUACGAAACCCCUUAUAAAAAAAGGGGUUUUCAGAGAAUUGGAAAUAAAUCAAAUAUUUUCGACAGAUGACACAAAACACAACAAGAGGAUAUUUUUCUUUGCCCUGCAGAAAAAAGAGAAUGGUUGGAUUCCGUUUUUAGAAGCAUUAAGAGAGACUGGUCAAAAUUCUAUUGCUAACAUGUUACUACGAAAGGGACCUACAGUUUUUAAUGAAAUAAUGAAUUCUCCUGAUAUAGAAGAUGAACCAUUACCGGAUUUAAGCAAAUUAAAUCUACCAAUAAAUGAUACAACGGAUACUCUGAAAGUUAAAGUUACUCUUUCAUCAUCAUUUUUAGAUACUUAUGAACAUAAUGGUACCGUGGGUUUUUAUACUUCAAGAUCACAAAAAAGAGGAAGAUGUCUUAUAAUUAAUAAUUACGAAUUUAAUAAUAAGGAUCUUCCGUAUAGGAAUGGAGCUUUAGUUGAUCAAGAAAAUCUAAAAAAAUUGUUUAAUCAAAUGGGCGGAUGGGAUUUAAUUAGUCACACUAAUAAAACUACUUCACAAAUGAAUAUGAUCAUUAAAAAUUUUGCAAAUUAUAAAAAUAACUAUUUGUAUGACAUUUGCUUCAUUAUAAUUAUGAGUCAUGGUGGAGAAAGAUGUAAUGAUACAGUUAUUUAUGGAAUUGAUGCUAAUAUACAAGACAAUUAUAUUUCCGAAUCUAAUAUGCGGAAAUGGUUUUCUAAUGAAAACUGCUUAUACUGGAGGGGAAAACCGAAAAUUUUGUUAUUUUCAGUUUGCAGGGGUGCUGAACGACAUAUACCCAUAAAACACAAACAAAUAACAGAAAUUGAUGGUGCUUUGAACCAUUCACAAGUUACAAGUAUACCACCUCUAAUAAAUUUAAGAUCGGAUGAAGACAUGUUGAUUGGAUUUUCUACAUUACUAGGAUACCAAUCCCACAGAGAUUACAAUAGAGGUACCUGGUACAUAGAGCUAUUAUGUAAGAACAUUAUGAACUAUGCUCACAACCACUCCAUAAACGAUAUAAUGUUAAUGGUAGACGAAGGUUUCAGAUUGAGGAUAUCAGAAAAAUGUACAAUGCAGACAUCGGAAAUUGUUAAUAUAGGAUUCAAAAGAUUAUAUUUGCACCCAGGGUUGUAUUUCGAAAAUGGUAUUCUUAAAAAGUACAGUGAAGAUGUUAAUUUGUCCAAUGGGACCAAGUAAUUUAAUAUCAUUGGUAUCGAAUCCCUUAAAGUAAUUUUUAUAUAUAACGGAUGUUGUAAUUUACUUUUUUAUUUUAUAAAUAUUUUAAGUUUA